AUGGUUUAUUUCGGUUCCUGGAAUGAUCGCAACCUAGAAGAAGAGGUCCCUGAUCACAUUAUGGAGCCAGGUUCCCGGCUAUCCCCGGAGCCCCUCACUCACUUCGGCCGUCUAGAAGGCGCGGAAGGGCAGCUACGCAACGCAGCGGAGGGUGGGCGAACGACUCCUCCCUGGUACUGGUACAGAUCCAAUGCAGAUCAAACUGACACUCUCCGAGAUGGAGUGCGCAGAUAUCUUGAGCUUCCAUCUAACCAGACUGUGCUGAUAGUUCAUGCAAAAGUUGCUCAGAAAUCAUAUGGCAAUGAGAAAAGGUUUUUCUGUCCUCCACCUUGCGUUUACCUCACUGGACUGGGCUGGAAAUUAAAGGAGGAAGAAAUUAAAGCCAAAGAUCUAACAGAGUCCAGUUCCAAGGUGUGUGGAUAUAUAGGACUUGAUAUCACAGGCGGCGGCUUCGCAGAGACCCAGAAGCUAAACUUUGAGGAACAGCCAGAUUCCAAGGUAUUCAGCUGUGCCAAAGCUCUGUACAUUUCGGACUCUGACAAGAGGAAACAUUUCCGAUUGGUCCUGAAGCUCUUCUUCAGCAACGGGCAGGAGAUUGGCACAUUCCACAGCAAGCUGAUCAAAGUGAUCUCCAAGCCCUCGCAGAAGAAACAAUCCCUGAAGAAUACAGACUUGUGUAUUCUAUCUGGGUCAAAGGUCUCCCUCUUCAACCGCCUGCGCUCCCAAACUGUCAGCACCCGGUAUCUUUCAUUCGAGGGUGGCGCCUUCACAGCAAGUGCCAGGCAGUGGGCAGCAUUUACACUUCAUCUGGAUGAGUUCUGUUCCCAGUCCCAGGGUGAGUUCUCCCUGCGGGAAGGAUACAUUCACUAUGGUUCCAUAGUUCGGCUUAUCUGCACGGCCAGUGGCGUGGCACUGCCCCCUCUGAUCAUUCGGAAAGUUGUUAAACAAUCAGUUUUGUUGGAUGUGGAUGAACCUGUCUCCCAGUUACAUAAAUGUGCUUUCCAGCUUCAUGGCAGUGAUGGGAUGUACCUUGGCCUCUCAACAGAGAAAGUGAUCCAGUUCCAGGCAUCCCCAUGUCCAAAGGACGUUAACCGUGAGCUGCUAAAUGACAGCUCUUGCUGGACCAUCAUUGGGACAGAAACUGUGGAAUACACAUUCAGUGACAGCCUCACUCACAUUUGGGAUUCUGUGAGCCCAGUCCCUCUUAUAACAUCUCUGGAGCUGACGGGUGGAGGGGACGUGGCAAUGCUAGAAGUGCAGGGCGAGUACUUUCAUGCAAACCUAAAGGUUUGGUUUGGAGAUGUGGAAGCUGAGACUAUGUACAGGAGUUCCAAGACCUUAGUGUGUGUUGUUCCUGAUGUCUCUGCAUUUAGCCGUGACUGGAGAUGGCUGAGGUACCCUAUCACUGUCCCUCUCCUCCUGUUAAGGAAUGAUGGUCUGGUUUAUUCCAGCACUUUCAGCUUCACAUAUACACCAGAGCAGAGUUUUUUCACUGGACAACCAAUCUUGCCGGAGAUGACACAGGAUUCUGACACCUUGCUCAACACCAUCCAUCAGGAGUUCACCAGGACCAACUUUCACCUGUUCAUGCAAAGUUAGAGCCAGAGCUCUGUGUAUGCCGCAGUUCAACAGGACAGAAAAGCAAAAGUGAUAGUGAACUGAACACAGAAUUUGGCUUCCUGCAAAUCUUAGCAUUUAUUUUAAAUAAGCAUGUUUUUCGCUCAUCUCUUUGAAAGUAUGUGGUGGACUAUACCAGCCGGAAAUCCCAGAAGCCAGAGAGGUAGCUGAAUAAAAUGGUCAGGAGGUAGAGGUGGAGC